AUGAACGAUUUCAUAAUUGGUGAUAAUCUAGUAUGAAUAUAUAUACAAAUUUAGGAAUUGGAAUCCUUUUUCAAAUAAAAUACAAAUGCAUUGCAUGAAUAAAAUCCAACUUUAAGAAAAACAGCAAUAACUUAGAUAUAUUAGAAAGUUACAGAUCCUAAUAUUGCUCAAUCAGAUUGUAAAAUAUAAAUCAAUAUUAAUAGCAUUGUCAUAAUAAAUACUUUUAAAAUAUGGUAAAGUACUUUUGAAGUCUUUCUCGGAUACUAAUGAAAAGGUGAGAGAAAUGUCCAUAAAAUCAAUGAUUUAGUAUCAAUAAUAUUAUAUAUUCUAGAUUGAUAACAAAUUCAGAAGAUAAUGAACCUAUAUUGAGUUAUGUUUUUUCAGUGUUGAUAGAAAGAAGCAAUUGCUAAGAUUUAGAAGGAAUUAGUCAUCUACCUGAAGUAAUGAGACCACCUCCCUCUUAAUUGCCAACAAGACUAAUGAAAUUUGUUGAAGAAUCAGAAGAAGUAAAUAUAUUUAUUAUCAUUAGAUUCGUUUGUUAUUGACAUAAUUCUUAUAUUCAAUUAUGUGUAAAAAUGAUAGUGAUAACUUACAUGAAUAUAUAGAUGAUAUUGUGGAUAUUCAUAGAGCUUUCUUAAUGGAUCCUUUUGGUGAAGUCUAAAAAGAAGCUUGCAAAAGUUUGGGUAAAUUUUGUAAAGUUAACCAUCAAAUGCUUUUACAUUUUACAGAAAAAAUGGGAAGAGCUAUUCUUCAUCCACUUGUAAAUAAGAAGAGUCCAGUUAGAAUAGCAGCUUUAGAAGCUCUAUCAGCUGUUCUCUUAUGUGGAGUAUGGAAAAACAAUGCAUUUGUAUUUGAAAUAUUAACAGGCUUCAAAGAUCCUAAUUCUGUUCCUAUCAAAGCUUUUUUUGAACCUAUGCAUCAUAUUAAUUAUUUAGUAAAAAUACUUAUAUAAUAUUAGGCUACAUUAAUUAUAGAUCCAAAAUAAUAAGUAAGAUAAGCCUUUAUCAAAGAAAUUGGAUUUUGGUUAAGAGGAUUAGCUGAUAGAUGGGAUCAUCAUCCAAGACUUGUUCCUUAUCUUUUAUCUGGACUUUUUGAUACAGAUCCAUCAAUUUAGGAAGCAGCCUUAUAGAUAAUAGAAGAUGUUGGUAAAGAGUGGGAGAUAGAGAAAGAGAAGGAUAUAAAAAAUGUUAGAUAAUUAGGAAUAGAACCUGGUUGGACAUUAGAUGGUAAAUUAUCAUAAUUACCAUUACCUCCUCCUUUUAAGGAAAGACCAAAAUUAGGAAUGAGAGGAUUUAUCAAAAGUUAAGUGAGAAAAAUGUGGCCAGCUAUUUAUAAAGAAAUUAUAGAUAAUAAUGAAGAAAAUAGAUUAAGAGCUAGUCAUUUAAUGACUCUAGGUGUUUUAUUUAGUGAGGAUUAUAUGACAUAGUUUUUGGAUAACUUUAUACCAAAUACCAUAAUGGCCAUUAAAUCAGGUUAAACAAAAAUAGAUAAGAAUGUUCAAUUAAAUGUAAUUAAAUUAUAAUAAUAUAAUUUAGUUAUAAAAAACUUAUUAAUUAUUGGGAAGAUUCUGUGAUUAUACUUCAUAUUCUUUUAUUAUCUUCUCAAGUAUGAGAGGUAAGUAUAUAAGGGAUGAAUAAUAUAUAAGAAGUGCUACUUAAGCUUUAAGUUGGCUUUGUCAAGGAGCAAUAGAAGCUACUUAUUAAGGAAUAGGAUAAAAAAUGGAAUUAUUAAACAAUAUAGUAGAUCUUUUAUGUGAAAAUAGUAUGAUUGAGAGCAUUUCAACAAUAAAUUAUUUAGAAAUAUAGGAAGUAUUUAAUUUUAUAGAUAUAUUAAUAGUUACUUAGUACAGUUAAAAAAUCAAUUGAAAAGAUGGGUAAUUAAGAUGAAGUAAUAGCAUUUAAUUAGAAAUAUUAAUAUUAAUUAAAUUUAUUAGAUAAUGUAAUAAAUUAUAUCUUAAAUUUCAAUGGAGUGUUAUUAAAUCAAUAAAUUUAAUAGAGUUAGAAACUUUAAUAUAGUAAUGAUAGAAUUAAAUUAUUGAAAGUAGAUAAUAUGAAAAAUGAUUUUUUAUUUGGAGAUUCAGGAUGGAAAAAUGUAAUUUCAGAAUUAAUUCAUUAAUUACAUUAUGGUUCUACUUAAGCAUAUUAAUUAACAGAUAUACUUUAUGAUUUUAUACUUCCAAAUUCAUUACCUGAACCAUGUGAUUUUAUUCUUAAACUUACUUAAUUAUUAUUGUAGUCAUUUGAAUAAUAGCAUUCUUAAUUAUAUUUAUAGAUUAUACUAAAAUUAUGUGCAAUUGCAGGAUAAUGGUUGAAUUCUUUAUAGUAAAAAUAAUUUACAUAAAAAUUACUUGAUAAUAUGUUGGUUACUUUCAAGACAAUUUCUGGAUAUUUAAGUAAAAAGAGAGAUAUUGGAAAAAUUAUGUGUAAAGAUUAAUUAUCACUUGAUUAUUAUACUAGGAUUGUAAUAUCAUUAUGUAAUUCAUAUUAAAAGUUUUACAGAAAAUAAUAUUAUAUGAUAGUUGUUUGUAUUAGUGAAUUUUGUAAUUUGUUUUUACCUUAUCCUUCAUCAAAAGUAAUAUUUAUUUAAUAAUAUUUAUAAAGCAUCUUUUAGAUAGUAAAAAUCAGUUAUAUUUAUUGCCAAACUUAUAAAAUUUUUGUUUUGAUGCAAUUGAUUAAUAUGGUGGUGAAUAAAAUUAAGAAACUAGAAAACAUUUAUUUUCUAUUUUAUCAUAUAUCAAUUAAUUUAUACCUGUUUAAGAGACAUAUUUAGGAGAUCCACAUGUUAUUGAAAAUUAUUAAAAAUAUAUUCAAUAAUUAUUGCGUUUAUGUAUAGAAGUAUUUUAAUAUAUAUAUUAUUAAAGGAGAAAGAUCUUUAAUUUUAAGAUAUAUAUAAGAUUAUGAUUAAAGAACUUUGUAAUAAAACAAGAAAUAACUUUUUAUAAGAACUUGAAAUUUCAAAACACAACAAUCAAUUAUCAAGAGUUGAACUGCUUUAUGUCAUAAUAAAUUAAUGA